UUCUUGCUUUCUGAAAGUGCUUGUCGGCAAAUCCAUCCAAUUUAGUUAGAUAUGUAUUGCUAGUCUGUGCAAAUGACAGUACAGUACUAGUAUCUACAGACCUUGAGGAAUGUUAAAAAAGAUCAAUGCCGUGUUCCGACCAAAUCAUUCACAGAAAAAUGGGGAUGGGCAGGCCCAUGGGGGCAAUGAUAAGAAUAAAGCCUGUGCUGUGAAACUAGUCCGCAGUACUUCAAUGCUCAUUGUCGGAGAAACGCGGCAAAAAAACAUCGAGUCUUCCUUAAAAAGAAGCAAAAGCUCUAUCAGUAUCCAGUCGACGGCAGUUUAUUUCUACAGGCAAGAGGAUAGAAUAUGGCUGUAUUCCAGGACUCAGGACUGCCUACAGUACCUGGAGGAUCUGAUGGCACUGAGAAGACAAUACGUUAACAGCGUCAAUAAUCUGAAAACAGCAGGGAAAAAGGCAGACCUUCCCACAGACUCUGCUAAGGCAUCCAAACCCAAAGGGAAACCGCCACCUCCCCCGCCUCCAAAUCAGCACGAGAAGGCAGCAAAAACUAAAGCAAAUGCUCCACCAGUUCCAGACGAAGUGAACACUCUGGAGUACUUUGAUUCCAUCGUUGCCAGCUUUGACUCAGAAAAGAAAAUCAAGGCCCAUCUAGAUGAUGGACAUGCAGAUGUUGACUUUGUUGUUGCCACCAGUACAAGUGAACACGAUAUACAUUCUAACUGGAUGCUGCGGUCCCCAAGGAGGUUCUCAAUGGAUGAAUCAAAGCUCAAGAAGUCUGAGAAGAAAUCGAGAAGAAACAGCGAUGGUGCAAGAAUGGGCAACUCAAAGAGACUGGAAAGAAACCCCAUUCAUUUACCCAAAGUGGUGGAAAGUGCCUUCCAAACAUUAAGAUUUAAACCAAAAAUAAAGAAGAAAGUUUCAAUGUUUCAUUAGA